AAACUACCAUAUUUAUCACUUCACAGCUUUUCGUGUUUUGAGGGCUUUCAAGGAACAACUGGGGAGAAGUUAAAUCAACAAGGAUGAACAUGGCAAAGGCGGUCAUAGAGCAACAGGACCCUCACACUGACUGGGCGACAUACAAGUUGACUGUCAAGAGAAAAGUCGCUACGUAUGAAAUUGCCCGCAGAAAAUUAGUGGAGUAUGAGCAAAACACUGAUGUACCAACUGAGUCCGAUUCUACAGUGAAGACUGGAAGGGGGAAGCGCAAAAAGAGGCGAGUGAUUUUGUCCAGUGAGGAUGAGGAUGAUGACAAUUGGUCCGGCAGCCAAAUCAGGCCUACACCUCCAUCCACCCUCAGAUCUUCACCUCCACUGCCUCCAUCACUCAGAUCUUCACCUCCACUGCCUCCAUCACUCAGAUCUUCACCUCCACUGCCUCCAUCCAGAUCUUCACCUCCACUGCCUCCAUCACUCGGAUCUUCACCUCCACUGCCUCCAUCACUCAGAUCUUCACCUCCACUGCCUCCAUCCAGAUCUUCACCUCCACUGCCUCCAUCACUCAGAUCUUCACCUCCACUGCCUCCAUCCAGAUCUUCACCUCCACUGUUGCAGCUGUGA